AUGGCUGUGAGGGUUGCUGGGUUCCUGAACCUUGCCGCUGAUGCAGCGCACAACUUCACGGACGGGCUUGCGAUUGGCGCGUGCUUUGUGAGCAGCCCUGCCUCUGCCUAUGCGACGGUCGUCACCAUUCUCCUGCACGAAGUGCCGCAUGAGGUCGGCGACUUUGCCAUCCUCGUCCGCAGCGGAUACAGCAAGACAAAGGCGAUUAUGCUGCAGCUUGUGACUGCUGUUGGUGCGAUGCUUGGCACGGUGUGCGGGCUGAUGAGCAGCGAGAUGACGGGCGUGACCAACUUCAUCCUCCUCUUCACCGCUGGCGGCUUCAUCUACAUUGCCACCGUCUCCGUCAUCCCGGAGCUCCUCGAGGAAACGCGCCUGUGGCAGUCUGUGAAGGAGCUGCUUGCCAUGGCCCUUGGCGUGGCCAUCAUGGUGGUCAUUGUCUUCUUCGAGUGAUUGCUGUCACUGCUGGACCUUGACUGUGUGUGUUGUGCAUGCGUGGGUGUUUCGUUUGUGUGUGCGCGUGCUUGCUUUGCUGUGUGGUUACGUUGUUACACUGCAUCCUUAAAC